AUGCACGUUGCCGAUGCUGGGCCCGGAGGGGUGGCAAGCAUGAUGCCUGAACGGGUCCAGGAUACGCCGCCUCAGAGCGACAGCUCCCCGGGUUCCGAAAGCUUGCCCCUGGGUCCUGCCACCCGCUACGCGGCUAGCGCGCUGGGUGUUUACCAUGACCCCAGUGACCCCGAUUUCGUUGGUAGCAGCGACGUGGAGGUGCUCGAUGACUCCAGCAUUGCCGACGACGACUUCUUUGAUGUCUAUGAUGACGACCAGCUUGGCCCGGUGGCCGGCGAGCUGCCUUACCAAGCUGGAUCCACUGCAGUGGCCGCGGGUCCUCACGAGACUGUGUCGACUGCAGUAUCUAUCUUCGUCCCAUUACCAUUUGACGACCGACUCGGCGGGCAGACCCACAUACUGCCUUCUCGAGUAGGAUAUGAUGAACACACGUCUAUUGCACAGGGUGCCAUGUCCAGUGCCUUUAACCUGGACAUGGCACACGUCCACCACCAGCUCGCCGUCACUUCUCGUGUACUGGGUCCUCGAAUUGAUCAAUCCCAGCCUGAAUCCAGACAGCAGGACACGGCCCUUUCAGUCGCUGGCCUCUCAUCGACGGACCACCCACCGUGGCUUCUGCUUCGUGGAUCCUUCACAGCGGAUGCACGCGUGGGAUCGGUCACAGGACACGUGCAGCUGCAACCAAGCAUGUACUAG